GGCAUUCGAGGAAACGGGGAAGAGGGAGGCGGCGCGAGGAUGUCCGUGAAUUACGCGGCGGGGCUCUCGCCUUACGCGGAUAAGGGCAAGUGCGGCCUUCCGGAGUUUUUUGACCCUCCGGAGGAGCUGGAGAUGAAGGUCCGGCAGCUGGUGGGCCUGAUCCGCAAUGCCUCCAAUGUGGUCUUCCACACUGGGGCUGGCAUUAGUACAGCUUCAGGGAUCCCAGAUUUCAGGGGUCCCAAUGGUGUCUGGACCAUGGAGGAGCGGGGCCUGUCCCCCAAGUUUGACACCACCUUUGAGAACGCACGGCCAUCCAAGACCCACAUGGCCCUACUGGAGCUGCAGCGAGCAGGCAUUCUGAAGUUCCUGGUCAGUCAGAAUGUGGACGGCCUGCACGUGCGUUCUGGCUUCCCCAGGAACAAGCUAGCAGAGUUGCAUGGCAACAUGUUCAUGGAGGAAUGCAUGAAAUGUGGCAGGCAGUACGUGAGGGACACGGUGGUAGGCACAAUGGGCCUCAAGCCCACCGGCCGCCUGUGUGACGCCUCCAAACACAGAGGGCUUCGGGCUUGCAGAGGGAAGCUAAUGGACACCAUCUUAGACUGGGAAGAUUCUCUGCCGGACCGUGAUCUCAGCUUGGCUAGUGAAGCCAGCAGGAGAGCUGACUUGUCCAUCACGCUGGGGACAUCUCUGCAAAUCAAGCCCAGCGGAGACCUCCCUCUGCUGACGAAAAAGAAGGGCGGGAAGCUGGUGAUUGUCAACCUGCAGCAGACGAAGCACGACAAGCACGCUGAUCUGCGCAUUCAUGGCUACGUGGACGAAGUCAUGGCAAAACUCAUGAAGCAGCUCGGGUUGGAGAUCCCUGAAUGGACCAGGCCAGUGGUGGUGGACAGUGCGGACCUCAGUGAGGCCAAGCCGUUGGCCAAACCCAGCACAAACACUAAAUUUCUGAGCAAGGAGGAGCCUGACCUGGACUGCAACGGCAUGGCGGAGCACAGCACUGCUCCCAGAGAGGAACCCUGUGUGCUGGACACAGACGCCAUCAUGGCCAAGCGACCAAAACGGGAAUCAUUGCCUACCUGAACUGCCCUCUGUGUGUUCAUGUUGCCUGCAUAGGAAACCCUUUUGACAUCCAUUUUUAUAUGUGACCUUUUGAAGAUAUGUGGCAUUUUCCCCUCCUUGGUGUUUACAGCUGCUGCCUCUGUGCUCAGCAUGCCCCUAGCUGGAGGCUGUUGGUGCUCCGGACUCAUUUUCUUGAGCUGUGCCAGAGCACAUGGUACAGCGCAAGUACCCUGGGAUGUUUGCUGACCACUCCCCACCUCCUCUUUGCGUGGAAGGGACACACGUGACCUUGCCUGACACACUCCCACCCUUCCCUCUUCCCGUUUUGUGCAUGGGAGGAGAUGGGAAACAGCAUCUCUUUUUGAGCAAGCCACAUUUCCCUGUGAUGUCACACUCACAGAAAUGUGAUUUGUUUACAAAGUUUAAUAAAAACAAGCCCAGUGGAGAGCAUGUAUACAUUCCAGUAGCAGGAAUUUGUGAUUUUCCAUUAACUUUAAAUAGGGCCUAAAUAUCCCAAGACUGGUUCACACAGACAGGUGUUUCAAAUGACUGGGACUUCUUUUUGCAAGUUCAGAUGAGCCAUCAAAGGGAUCUAAUGCAACGCCAGAGCUUUCAGAGCAAAUCAAGUCUUCAGCCAGGCAUAGCCCACCAUCAAAACCAUUCAAAAACAGCAAUAAUGUCGGGAGAAGCAGAAUCUGAUGGACAAAUAUGUGGCUAUGUUGGUCCUUGGUGGAAGCUCCCACCAUUCAAUACAGCAUGAGCAAAACAUCUACUCAUUAGGAAAUUACCCAUUUUCCCAUGUUAAUGCAGUGAGAGCUCCACUUUCUUACAAGAUCGCCUUUUGUAUUUAAGGCUUUUUGCUGUUGUAAAGCAUGCCUUGGGAGCUGAAGUCUGGAGGUCUUGGGGCAUCCUGAGUCACCAGCUGAGGUGUCCCUUUCCUGAUCCAUUGUCUUUCACAUGGCAUGAUUACUUGCCACUGCUGACAGAAGCCAAGUUGCCACUGAGUCCUCCUGCUUGGAGCCAGAGCUUUUUCAGGGAGGAAGGAAGCAAUCCUGGAUCCUCAAGGAAAGGCUGAUUCCAGCCAAAUCAGCACGUGUACGGAAAUGGCUUUGCCUAGAAGUGGGUCACAUGUGCUCCAGCGCUUGCAAAAUCCUGAUCUGGGCUCGUUACAACAGGGAACAUUUCAAAGGAACACAUUUUGUCCUGUGAGGACUAACUGCAAAACAGCCAUAUCACUGCUCCGUAGUAAGUCUGUUGUAAAAAUGUUGACCCUCACCAGCCAUAACCUGAUGCUCGCCCUCACCAGGGCUCGGCAACAGCAAAUUAUCGGAGAUUCCCCAAGAGGGUCGAGGCUGAGUGGGUGCUUCCUCUUUCUUCCAAGGGACGGUAGACCGAGCAGUAGACUGGGAUUGUUAAGGCUACAUUCAGCAGCUUCAUUCAGUUCAGAGGCUCCAGUCAGAUACAACCCGCCACAUCCCCUAAUUAUGUGAUAUGUCUGUAUCCUGCCUUUCCACUAAAAAUAGUGCCUGAUGCAGCCAAGGAUAAAAAGCUCUUUAAAGCGCUUCAGCGUGGAAGAGGCAACACUUGUCUGUGUAAGUGGCCAGGCAGCUGCCCCAGGUUCCUGCUAAAUGUGCCUUUGGUUUGGCAGGCUGCAAAGGGAGUGUUUUUAAAUUCAGUCCUGGUUGUGGGCAGAAUGUGUGCAUGGAUGGUUGGAAAAUGAACAGGCAAAUCUAGAUAAUUAGGGUGUAUCCAAUAUUAUAUUUUAAUGUGUGUGGGGUUCUGAACAUGUACAUGCAAUAUUAAAGCAGGUUGAUUAUU